AUGUGGAAUACCACAAUGUUGGAGGAGGAGUUUGGGACCCCAGGUCCCCAUUUUCAGCUGAUUGAACCAGAUCUCAGCCUAGGGAGCCUGUGUUUUCAAGCGGAGCCUGACUUUGAUUUCCAGGAAUUUCAUGAUGCCGUCGAUAGCUUCAUAUCUGGCAAGUUUCGUCAGAGAUCAGAAUUGCAUGUUGUUGAAAGUUCAGGUCGGAUUUUGAACAUUGAGCAGCCAAGCCUCAUGAUGUUGUGCUACCCAUCCUCUCUAGUGCCUCCUCUGCUGGACUCUGCUGAUUUUUCUUUCCCUGUGGAUGAUGGAAGACCCUACACCCCUUGUAUUCCACUACCAGCCCAGGAGGAUCUUCUGUCUCAGAUGAAUGUAGAAAGCACCUCUUCUGCUGAGCAGUACUGGAAAGAUUUGGCUGAUCAUAAUCAGAAGGCCCUAGGGGAUGCUCUUGUGGAAAACAAUCAGCUCCAAGUGACACUUACCCAAAAGCAAGAAGAGAUUGCCUCUCUGAAGGAAAGAAACAUCCAACUCAAGGAGCUGGCCAGCCAAGCCAAGCAGCUAGCAUCAGUGCUGGACAAACUGAUCAUACCUCAGUGUAAAGACAGCACGGACGUCUCCACUACCAAUGUCCCCAACAAGAGAAGCCUCAUGCAGAUAUCCAACAAUGAACAAGAGGAUGACACAGAAGUGAAUGAAAUUUUGCAGGAAAUAUCUGAAAAAUGCAAUCUGGCCUUGCAGUCCAUUGAUGAAAACAGAGGUCCAAAACGUCCCCGUGGAGAGAGCGAUACAGUCUGCAUGUACGGUGCUUUUCAUGGGUUGCAGACACGGAGCAGUUGCAGCUCUCUGGACAUGAGUGGUAGUGACCUGGAAGAAGGGGGCUCCUUUAGGACAGCGAUCAAAGAGCACUGUAACAUCCGGACACUGGCCUUUCCUCAAGGCAAUGCAUUUACUGUCAGGACUGCCACCGGGGGCUAUAAAUUUAGGUGGGUUCCGAGCUGAUUGUUUCCUUUUUCAAUCAGCUAACUACACUCUCCUUAGCUUCCGAGCGCACUGCCUGGGUUCAAACACAGUUUCUUUCUGCACUCCUGGAACCUCAGACGUUGUCUGCUACUGACAAAUGCAAACCAGUUGGUAAUGCCAAGAUGGAAGUUAGGAAUUCUAUGAAGAAAAACCGCUGCUUUUCCUUUCGACAAUAUUGAAAGGUGUGGAAACUCUUUUGGAUCCACUUCUCACUUGAAUUGCUGAAGUAGACCAAUAUCGAUAACAUACAGUCCCGAUAACUGUACAAGUCACGUAAUCUAUAGAAAUGACUUUCCUUAGACAUCUGUAGUGUGUCUCCCAAUCCUUGCCUGAGGCCUCCUGAUGAUCCUUCUCCAAAUGACAGUCACCCACUUGGGGUUACUGACUUCAGGUUUUCAGAAGAAGCAGCGUUGGUUUAUACUCUGAUUUUUCUAUAUCAUAAGGAGUCUCAAAGCAGCCUACAAUAGCCUCCCCUCCCUGCAAGAAGCACCUUGUGAGUUUGUGGGGCUGAGAGAGUCCUAAGAGGAUUGACUAGUUCAGGAUCACCUAGCAGGCUUCAUGUAGAGGAGUGGGCAAUCAAGCCUGGUUCUCCAAAUUAGAGUCCACUGCUCUUAAACACUACAACAUGCUGGCUGUCAGCAGUGAUGAUAUUAAAAUACCUAAACAAUUUCCAUUGUCCUUUCUGACCUAGGUUUGUCUAUGACAAACAGCUUCUUCUAUCUGUUAACAGCUACUGAAUGGAGCAUUUCUGUAGAAUGAUGAAAAUGCAGUGGCUUUAGCUUUCUGGUUUACCUUUGCAAGAUACAGCAGAAUCCUAGAAACUGGCAGACUGGUAAAUAUUGGCUGAUCAUGCUGCCCCAAUUUUGGUGCUGUUCUUUUACUGGUUGUUUGAUUUGCUACAAACGGCUUGCAUUGGUAUUUGUAGCUAUUUGGACUAGUACUUCUAUAGGAAAUUAUUUGAUAGCUGUUUUUAUAGUAAAUAGUUAUCAGUUACUAUUAAAGUGCCUUGUAUGUCAGUAACAACAUUCUAAACAUGUCAGUUUUCUUUGAAAUGUGCUUUAUCGUGGUCCCUGCCUUCUGUCCAAGGACCAGUUUAAACCUAAAAGUCAUCAUGACAUAUGCAAGGUCUUGA